CAAAAUAAUUUUAGCAAAAUAAAAAGAACUUUCUUAUUAGUAACACAAAGGGAAAAACAAAAAGAAAAAAAAAAAGGUCUGAUUACGUUCUGGGUUUUUGUAUCAACAACAACCCUUCUUCUCCAAUCCCCCAAAUCACAAUCCUUCACACCCCAUAAUCAAAAUCCACCAAAGCUUGAAGCUUUCAGCAUCGAAAUCCAAAAGGGUAUCCUUAAAAUCGUGACUAUUUGAUGGCGAAUCUGUACGUGAAGGCGGUGCCACCACCGGAUCUGAACAGGAACACGGAGUGGUUCACGUACCCUGGCGUCUGGACAACGUACAUCUUAAUCCUGUUCUUCUCAUGGCUUCUUGUUCUCUCCGUCUUCGGUUGCUCCCCUGGCAUGGCUUGGACUACCGUCAAUCUCGCUCAUUUCGCUGUAACUUAUCACUUUUUUCACUGGAAGAAAGGAACUCCAUUCGCAGAUGAUCAGGGGAUCUACAAUAGGCUGACUUGGUGGGAGCAGAUAGACAACGGAAAGCAGCUCACUCGCAACAGGAAGUUUCUAACUGUUGUUCCUUUGGUGCUGUACUUGAUAGCCUCGCAUACAACCGAUUAUCAAAAUCCGAUGCUCUUCUUCAAUACAGUGGCAGUGAUGGUCCUAGUGAUCGCAAAGUUCCCCCAUAUGCACAAGGUCCGGUUAUUCGGAAUCAACGCUGAUAAAUGAAAAACAAUCUUUUGUAUCCAUGAAAACUUGGAUUUUCUGCUCAGAAGAGCCUUUCUUUGUCCUUCUCUUGUUAAAAAGGGUUUGCACUUUUGUAUAGGAGUCUUCUGAACUGGAAAAUAAUGUUCCAGUUUAUGUUUUGUUUGCCAACUUUGUCUUUUAAGCUACUAAUAAAUAUUAUAUAUAUAUAUAUAUAUUGAGUUUCUUCUUGUA